AUGGGUGAUAUGAAUCAGUCAGAGUCCUCCAACUUCAUCCUGGUGAGCCUCUUCAACACAUCAAGUUCACAUGAACUCAUCUCACUGGUGGCUGCCAUGUUUAUCAUUGGCCUUCUAGGAAACACCAUUCUACUCUUCUUGAUCCAGUUGGACUCCAGACUCCACACACCCAUGUACUACCUGCUGAGUCAGCUUUCCCUCUUAGAUGUUUGUUUCCCCCUGAUCACCAUUCCCAAGAUGAUAUCAGAAUUCCCUAAGAAAGAGAGCUUGAUUUCCUUUGGAGGUUGUGCUGCACAAAUAUUUUUCCUGACCAUGAUGGGUGUGGCUGAAGGUGUCCUGCUGGCCCUCAUGUCUUAUGACCGCUUUGUGGCAGUGUGCCAUCCCCUACAGUACCCUGUACUCAUGAGACAUCAAGUGUGCAUGUUUAUGGUGGCCUUUUCUUGGCUAGCAGGUGUGCUUAAUGCCUCCAUUCAGACAUCCAUUACUCUCAACUUUUCCUACUGUGCCUCUCGAGUGGUAGACCACUUUUUUUGUGAAGUUCCAGCCCUGCUGAAACUCUCCUGUUCAGAUACCUCCAUGUAUGAGUUGGCACUAUCCAUUUCUGGUGUACUGAUCCUUAUGCUCCCCCUGUUGCUCAUCAUCACUUCAUAUGGUCACGUUUUGAGGGCUGUUCUAGACAUGCAUUCACAGGAAGCCCGGAAUAAGGCUUUCACUACCUGCUCUUCACACAUCACAGUAGUGGGGCUCUUUUAUGGUGCUGCAGUGUUUAUGUACAUGAUACCUGGUUCAUAUCACAGCCCAUAUCAGGACAACAUGGUCUCCCUUUUCUACAGCCUCAUCACCCCUACUCUUAACCCCAUCAUCUACUGUCUGAGAAACAGAGAGGUGCAGAUUGCUUUCUUCAAAUUUCUUAGCAAAUUUAGAAACAGACAAAAAUGA